AUGGCUACUCAAGAUGGGCCCAGCGUUCCUCGGAAGAAGACCACGACUUACGGCAAGACCUCGCGCAAACGACCUAUACACGCGUUUCUUGAACUGUCGAAUAGCUCGCAACGUGCCAGCAGUGAUGGAAAAGACACCCCCACGCAGCGUAUUCCCACAGACCCGAACCGAGACCCCUAUGAUAUGUCCGAUGACGAGCCUACGCACCUGCCACCAUCCCUCUCUCGACGCGCCGCAACGCAGUUGGACCAGUUAACCAACAUAACUCCGGAUGCUCCCGCAAACUUCAAGAAGAGGAAAGUACCAACAGCCGUUACUACCAAGGCCGACCGCAGGCCCGGUAGUCAACCCGUUCCGCAUGCUGCGCAAUCAACACUGCCCUCUCAUCCACGCCGUAUCAAGUCGCCUUUCGACCCGAGAAGCGCAACAUCCCUCCCCCUCGCGAAGCAUGAAUCGAAGCCGUCAUCGUCUAAGCCUGCGCCUAAGGCGAGAUCCAUACCCAUACCGGGACCUACGCCGAACCUUGAGCCAGAGAAGUCUGUACGUCACCAGCAGGGUGAGGCGUCUCUUCUCGAUGCUCAGGCCGCAGUCGAAAGCAACAUCCGGCAGAAGAGCGAAAUUCAUACUGGCGGCUUCGAUGGCAGUCGAGUCUUCUAUCCCAAAGCAGAAACGCCUAAACGUGGCAAGGCGCAGCCAAAGUUCGCUUUCUACGCCGAUGAGGCCCACAGACGCAGCGAUGACACCAAGGCCGUCGACGCGACCAAAACCGCUUUCGAGUCAAAGAAAAUUCCGGUCGACAGGACACUCAAGGCAGAUGAGUCCGGCGGAGACGGUCUUGGAAGCCAAAUGAGUCUGGGUAUUGAUAGUCAGCUUGACGUGUCGCCUCCUCCAAUGUCUAAGCUGGCUUCAUUCUCCUUUGAGGAUGAGGAAAUGGAGGAGGUUCCGUCAUCCAAAGGCGGCGGCAUUAUUGACAUCCAUGCUCUCAGGCAGGCCGGUGCCAAUCAUCGGUUCGCAGACAGUAUGGCUGAUCUCCUGGAUAGAGUAGGAACUCCUCAGCCGCCAAAGUCGCAGUCUUCUCGCUCAAGACGUACGGCGCUACUAGAGCUGGCCACCAACCUCCGGGACAAGACGUUCGUACGCCAAUUCCGAGACCAAGGUGCCAAGGAUGCCUUAUUCCGGGCAAUUGGUACUGAGGAGGAUGUUAUCAGUGGAUUUAUCCUCUUGUCCGUCCUUCUGGUGCUCUUCACGUCAUAUUCGGUUCCUCAUCUAGUUCCACAGCUCCAGUCUGAAGGCAUCGCGCAACUGGCGUCUACGAUGUUUGACGAGGACGAGGACAUCAUUAGCCUUGCUAGUCAGCGGAAGUCAAAUCUCUCCAAGAACGGGCAAGGUUCUUUGGCCAUGCUGCGAUUGACUUUGGAAAGGUUGGAGGUUUGGAAAGGCUCGCCCCCGAGGAACUUGUCGCCAAGAAUAUUGGCUCUCAAAGUCCUGUCCUUGUUAUGCAAAGACAAUGAUGGUCUGGCUACGAGGGCCAUCAUCGCAAGCUUGACGGAUCGUUUGUUUGGGUUUGUCAAGAAAGGCUGGGAACACAGUCGUGCUCAGGGAAUGGGAACUACCGAAGGUGGGAUCGCGCUGUCCCUUUUGGAGGGGUGCUCGAUUAUGGCCAUGCAGUCCGAGGCUGGCCCCCAAUGGACCAAACGCUACUUGCCCAUCCUCGCAGACAUCCUCACGGCAGCCAUGUCUCGGCCAAUGGCAGAGUUCGGUGAAUUCGAGUCCACAACGCUGAAACUAGCUCUGAACACAACGAACAACAACCCGACCGCAGCUGGCGCAUUUAGCAGGGGUGAACUCUUUCGAGAGCUGGCUGCCACCAGUCUCGCAGCGUUUGAGUUGCUAGAGCAGUCCAUCCGCAACGGGGCCUUUUCUAAAGAUAUUUACGAGAUUCUCAUGCUAAUGCUUGGGGUCAUGAUUAAUACCUCUGAGCAUUGCCCCUCGACCCGCCAGUCCGUUGAUGCUUGGCAAGGUGAUGAUGGAUCACCCCUGGAAAAGCUAAUGGAGGUUUAUCUAGAUAACCGAGAAUCAGCUGUCAUGGUGAGUUAA